AUGACUGAGUCUGAUUUUGAGCCUGAAAGUGGCGGUUAUCACAGCCAAACCAUUAAGGCUGCCCAGUUUGUCUCUGACUCCCUGAGAACAGUCAGGCUGGCAGAAAAGAGAAUGAGACUUGUAAUAAUUGUCAGCAUCAUUAACGGAUUCAAGUUCUCUCAGCCAGAAUUUGAAAAGCGAGACUCAUUGGACUCCGACCUUAACCUCUCACUUCUAACUGGAAGAGGGACCCCUGGAGAUGCUGAAUUCAAGCACCCUAUGAUGGGUAUGAGGAUUUCCAUGAGACUUCAUGCAAAAAGCAACAUGCAUUUCAAUAGGAGAGGUUUCUUCUUGUAUGUUGGUGUAGAUUCAUCUGAGCUCCUCUCCUCAAAAGAGACCAGUUCCUUGGUGCUAGCCCCAGUGGUUUCUGCAGAAACCAUGUUUGACAACACACAUGGCAUGCUGCCAAACAAGGAAGUUCAUCUGAGCCUCACUGUCCAGGAUUUUAAUUGGAGAAAAGUUCAUCUAACACAGCUGUUGGAGAAGGCUGAAGUGAUUUCAGGACGUAUGCUUAAAUUUUCAGUUUUUUAUCGUAACCAGCACAAAGAAUAUUUUGACUAUAUUCGAGAACAUCAUGGGAGCGCCAUGCAGCCCUCUGUCAAAGAUAACAGUGGCAGCCAUGGCUCUCCUAUUAGUGGAAAACUAGAAGGCAUCUUCUUCAGCUGCAGCACUGAAUUCAAUACUGGGAAGCCACCCCAGGAUUCACCUUAUGGAAGAUACAGGUUUGAAAUUGCAGCAGAAAAACUUUUUAACCCCAAUACUAACUUAUACUUUGGGGACUUCUACUGUAUGUACACUGCUUAUCAUUAUGUGAUUCUUGUUAUUGCCCCUGUGGGAUCACCAGGAGAUGAAUUUUGUAAGCAGCGUCUUCCUCAGCUCAAUUCCAAGGAUAGUAAGUUUUUGACCUGUACAGAAGAAGAUGGGUUGCUGGUCUACCACCAUGCCCAGGAUGUCAUUUUAGAAGUCAUUUACACUGACCCUGUGGAUCUUUCUCUGGGAACCGUAGCAGAAAUCACUGGUCAUCAGCUGAUGAGUUUGUCUACUGCAAAUGCCAAGAAAGAUCCCAGCUGCAAAACCUGUAACAUCAGUGUUGGACGUUAAUGCCCCCUUUUCUUAUUCUUACUCAGCCCUUUUUCUUCCCUUAGGAGAGUCAAUCUACUCUUGUCCAUUUUCAUUACCAGAUGUUUCCACUGAAGCAUGCACAUGCCGCUAUCACCAAAUGCCAACUAUCACUUUCCAAAUUUCAUUCAGAACCAUUUUAGUGUUUCCUAUUUCCCACCCUUCCCACCACUUUCAAUGAUGAAAUAGCCUAAGUUCUCCUUCUGACACUUUAUUUGCCUAGA